AUGGUUCACUCAACAAUCACACCCGCCAUCUUCUACUGGGGCACGCCCGUCGUUCUCAUAACCACACGAAAUCUCGAUGGUACCUCGAAUAUUGCUCCCAAUUCAUCCGUGUUCUGGCUUGGCAACCGAUGCAUGCUCGGACUUGCGGAGUGUUCGCAAACCACAGCCAAUCUGCUCCGCGAGAAGGAAUGUGUGCUUAAUCUGCCAUCAGACGACAUGAUCCCGCAGGUCAAUGCAUUGGCACGCACGACAGGCUCCGAGGAGGUACCAAGUUUCAAGAUCAUGCUCGGCUACCACUACGACAAAGAUAAAUUCAGGACUACCGGCUUGACACCAAUGAAGUCUGAGCUUGUGCGGGCGGACAGGAUCAAGGAAUGUCCAGUGCAGAUGGAAGCUGAGCUGGCAGGGUGCUACGAAAUGAUGAGUAGUCUGCCAGGAGAGGCAAAGGGAUUCACCCUGGCAAUUGAAGUCAAGGUGAAGAGGACUUACGUGGAAGAGAAGUUGCGAUUGCCUGGACAUGAGAAUCGCAUCAAUCCAGAUGCCUGGCGUCCCAUGAUCAUGAGCUUUCAGCAUUUAUACGGAUUGCGGAACGGCGAUCGGGAGACAUCCACCUUGGCAGACAUUGAGGAGGAAUUGUACAGGUUGCCGAUUGAUUAG